AUGUCAAAUCGUCACACAUCGUCGGGCGAGAAGCUGAUGCAGGCUGCCCUGAAACAAAGGGUCAAGGAUUUAGAAGCGGAAGUGGCCGAAUUGAAAACAAAGCUUGAUCAACUACGCAAAGCUAAAAGCACAACAAUUGUGAAGAGAAAGCGAGAGGUUAUCUAUGUCGGAGGAGAGGUAAGGAAGCAGGCAGUGGAAACAAACAAACAAACAGGCCAAUCUCCUGGAGAAGUGAAUCCCGCAGAGAGUCAAAAUUCAGCUACUGAAAGAGAUGAAGAGCCAACAGCUGUUGUCGCCGCUUCAGGGUACAAUGAAGAAAAGGAACCGAUGCCACAGCCGGGCAAGGAAGAAGCAACAAUGCGAAAAGAACAGGAAGAUAGCAUCAGAAAACUCUUUCGUAAAAUAUCUGACCUGAACGAUGAAAACAUUGCACUUACAAUGGAGAACAAAGACCUGGACAGUGAAAGAUACAUCAAAUAUUUACUUUCUAGGAUGCAUUUCAAUUAUGAGACUGACUCUGCUGCUGCUGAAGCUAAUGUGGAUGUAGGUGACAAGGAGGAAGCUCAGAUUGUGAGAAAAUUUUGUGAUGAGGCAGACCGUUCACAAACCAUGCUCAAUGGCUUUGCCCGGCUCUAUGAAAAGAAUCUGUUCACGGAUGUUAUCUUGUGUGCCGGGCGUAAAGAGUUUCCCUGUCACAAGAACGUGCUGGCCAUCUCCAGUCCUUAUUUCAUGGCGAUGUUUACCAACGAUAUGGCUGAAAAGAAUCAAGAGAAGAUAACUCUGCGUUCCAUUGACUCUCAGACUGCUCAGUUAGUGCUUGAUUACAUCUACACAGGGACCGUUGUACUUUCGAAGGACACAGUCCAAGAGUUGUUAUCGGCAGCUAACAUAUUUCAGUUGGUGUCCUUGAAGACUGGCUGUGCGUCGUUUAUGAUGAACCAUGUCAACAUCAGCAAUUGCAUUGGAGUUUAUUUCUUCGCCCUUGCACAUGGUUGCACCUCUCUGGCAAACGUUGCCAAGGACAUUAUCAAUCAACAAUUCUCUACCUUGUACCAUGAGAACGAGUUUCUCUCUCUGCCGGCUGACAAAGUUGUGGAGAUCAUCAAUGACGACGACCUGUGCAUUAGCCAAGAGGAGACUGUGUACGAGGCCUGCAUGGCAUGGCUGAAACACAAUCUUUCUGAGCGUAUCGGCUCACUGGACAUCAUCUUGAACCAUGUUCGUUUUGCCAAUAUUGACUCAUACUAUUUCUGUGAUAAAAUCGAUUCGGAUAAGACCCUGUUGAGCUACGAAAAUGUUCAAAAGACACUGUGCAAUGUGCGACUCUAUUACAUGUUAAAGAAUCGGCAUUUAGAGCUUGGCCUCAACUUAAUGCCACGCAGUGGCAUGAAUUUCAAACGGGGCAUUAUCAUCAUUGCCAAUCCCUAUGCCGAAGAUGCACAGCGAAAAUACGGCGCCAUGGAAAUCUUGUUCCCUAAAACUGGCAGUGUUCGUUAUGUUUGUAAAUUACCUCAGGGACUUUGUACACCUGGAUGUGCUGUGACAGGCGAUAAUCAAAUCUACGUAGCUGGUGGUACAUUACGUAAAGUUAAUUACCGAGGUUCUCAACCUGAGGGUCUGUCAAGUAAUUUGGUCAUGUUUGAUCAAGUUAGUGCAACCUGGGUGGUCAAAGCUAGAAUGAAAAGUGCUCGUUCUCAGUUUUGUCUUACGGUUGUCGAUGGUUACAUGUAUGCUAUUGGUGGCCAUGAUGGUACUGAAGUCCUUAGCAGUGUGGAACAAUACAACUUCCAGGCUAAUGAAUGGUCAUCAGUGGCCAGUCUUCCGCAACCACUCCGCUGUUUGACCUCUGUUGCUUUCCGGGGAAAUCUUUACGUCUUUGGUGGUGAAAGUGUCAAUCAAAUCAGUGACAAAUGUUACAAAUAUUGUCCCAAAGCAGAUCGGUGGACAGAGCUUCCUCCCAUGUCUACUCCAAGAGCACUUUGUGGCAGUGUUGUCCAUAAAAAUAAAAUCUAUGUUAUUGGUGGUAAUGCAGCUGUGAGUGAAAAAUGGCGCUGUGAAUUCAUUCCUGAGCAUUGUGUCAGUUCUGUAGAUAUUUUUGAUCCAGACACCGAGACUUGGUCUUCUGGUCCAGAGCUUCCCAAUGCAUUGUGUGGAGCAGUUCCACUUGAGCAGCUUGGCUCUGGGGAACAAACUAUUUUUUUUCCUCUUCUUUCUUUCUUUUUUUCUCUUUUUUUCUUUAUUCUUUUUGUCUGUUUUAUUCACUUUUUCUUUUUAUUCUUGUUUUCUCUCGCUUUCUUUUUUCUCUCUCUCUCUUUUUCUCUUUCUCUCUCUCUCGCUCAGUGCUUUUUCUCUCUCUCUCUCUCUCGCUUUCUCUCUCUCUCUCUCUCUCUCUCUUUCUCUCUCUCUCUCUCUCUCUCUCUCUCUCUCUCUCUCUCUCUCUCUCUCUCUCUCUCUUCCUCUCUCUCUCUUCCUCUCUCUCUCUUUCCUCUCUCUCUCUUCCUCUCUCUCUCUUCCUCUCUCUCUCUCUUCCUCUCUCUCUUCCUCUCUCUCUCUUCCUCUCUCUCUCUUUUCCUCUCUCUCUCUUUUUACCUUUUGCAACUUCUGCUUUCAGGUUGUGUAAGUUAUGAUGGGAAAGUGCUGACUGUUGGUGGUGAGGACGACAAGAGUUGGAUGGCUGGCCUGUGCUGGUUGCAGGAGGAGAAGGGCCAAGAAGUGUGGAUGGAAGGUGAGGAACUGCCCACUGUCAUGAGCACCUUUGGCUGUGUCGUAGCCAAUCUCAUAAAGCAACUGAACCUCAGUUGA